AGACUUAGCGGGUGCAAAACAACACAUCUGUCUACUUUGUCUGUCUGUCUGUAACCAUAUCGCUCUGUAGUCACCUGAUGCGAGUUGGGUAUAAGAAAUAAGUUUUGAUCAUGAGUGGUAAAGAUACGAUUGCUGUCUUUCCUUCCCGAAUGGCAAUGACUGUCAUGAAAGGUCGGUUGAAAGCUGCACAGAAAGGACAUGGACUUCUGAAAAGAAAAGCUGAUGCAUUGCAACUAAGAUUUCGGCAGAUACUUAAAAAGAUUGUAGAGACCAAGCAAACUAUGGGUGAUGUAAUGAAAGAGGCUGCUUUCUCAUUGGCUGAGGCGAAAUUCACUACUGGAGAUUUUAACCAUAUUGUGCUUCAAAAUGUUACCAAAGCUCAGAUUAAAGUCAGGAGUAAAAAGGAUAAUGUAGCUGGUGAGUAG